ACCGCCUAUCUGCGGCCCGAGACCGCCCAGGCGAUGUUCGUGCAGUUUCCCAACGUCCUGCAAUCGACCGCCAUCAAGGUGCCAUUCGGGAUCGCCCAGAUGGGACGCAGCUUCCGCAACGAGAUCACCGUCGAGCACUUCAUCUUCCGUUCGGUCGAGUUCGAACAGAUGGAGAUGGAAUUCUUCGUGCCGCCGGGCGAGGGCCCGAAGUGGCUUGAUUACUGGAAAGACCAGCGUAUCGCUUGGUGGCAGAGCGUCGGUCUGAAGGCCGAGAACUUGCGCUUCCGCAAGCACGACGAAGACGAGCUGGCGCAUUACUCAGACGGUUGCUUCGACAUCGACUACCAAUUCCCUUGGGGCUGGGACGAGCUCGAGGGCAUCGCCUCGCGCACCGACUACGACCUCAAGGCCCACAGCGAGGGCUCGGGCAAGAAGCUCAACUACUUCGACCCCCAAGCCACCGACCCCGAGACCGGCAAGAACGGCUGGCGUUACGUGCCGCACGUCAUCGAGCCGGCCGCUGGCGCCACCCGCGGUUUGCUGGCCCUGCUUUGUGAUGCCUACGACGAGGAAGAAGCUGAUGCUGAGGGCAAAGGCGCUCGGACGGUGUUGCGCUUGCACCCGAGGCUAGCGCCGAUCAAGGCGGGCAUCCUGCCGCUGGUCAAGAAAGACGGCAUGCCGGAGGUCGCCCGCGGCAUCGUCGAGCGCUUUCUCGCCGCUGGUGUGAACGCCAAGUACGACGCGCAACACUCGAUCGGCAAGCGCUACGCCCGCCAUGACGAGGUCGGUACGCCUUACUGCCUGACCAUCGACGGCCAAACGCUCGACGACGACACAGUGACCAUCCGCCACCGUGACGACCGCCGCCAGGAACGCAUCGCCGUCGGCGAAGCGCUCGACGUAGUGCGCGUCGCCCUGGCCGGAUAA